CCGCGGACCAAGCCGCUUCGAAUUUCGAACGUUAUAAACGUUAACGUUAUUGCAAUUAUUUUUUCAUUUUUUUGUGCUAGUGUAUGGAACUUAAAGGAUUUUUGUGCCAGUAUUUUGUGUUCCUUACUAAAACAGGUUAGUUAUAUUGCCAUCAGUGUCAGUGAGCGUGACCUGUGAUGUGCAACGAACAUUUCGAACGAUCGAUUGACAUAAAUUAAUCGAUUAACUGUUAAACGAAUAAUUAAUCGAGUUUUUAAUUACAAAAUGUGCUACAGCGGUUAUUAGAAUUGGGAAAUAAAACGCGUAGUGUACUUUGCAAGAAACUAAGUGACAUUGACUAAGUGUGCAGUGAAGUGUUUAUUAUUGGGCAGCGCUCAACACUUGACCGUCUUAUUCUUGAUGUCAGUCCGCUCCAAAAGUAAUGGAUAGCCACAGUAGAUCGGCGUCCCCGAGGGACCAAAUGCGGCCGCAGCACCGCCCCCCUUCCCCGCCGUCAUCCCCAGCUGCAUUCGACAACCGAGCUUACCAACACGAUGAAUCGGAUCCGAAUCACAACGAUUCAUUCACCUCUAAUGGACCACACCAAAAUGGACAUAGUAAAGAACCCAAUGGUGACGCGAAAACACUCGAAGCAGUUAACUUAGAACUGAUAAAUCUAACGCCUAAGAAUGGAUCGAAAAAGAAGGAUGUGGAGGUCGAUAUGAAUUCUACAAAUCCGUACGACGAGUACUUCGUGCCAGUCAACGAACACAGGAAAUAUAUGAGAGGCGAGAAACUCUACGUGACGGCUGACAAACGCGGCGAGAAGGGAGGCUGCAAGCGACCUCUUUGCUGGACGUUGCUCGGACUGGUUGUUGUUGCUAUAGUUGCACUCAUCGUUCUCGCAGCCACUGGCAUUCUCUUCACCAAUUCACCAACUCCCCUCGAGCAGUACAACGCUUCGCUAAGUUCCGCGCGUGCGUUUGGCGGCAUCACAAGCGAUCACAGUCAUGAUCACGAUCAUAGCGGCCACCAUCAUGACCACAGUAGCCAUAAUCACGACCACAGCGACCACGACCAUAGCCACGAUCAAGGACCAAUCACUUCGCCACGUCCACAGGAAGUUACGGAGACGCAAAGUGACGAAGCACAAGAUCUCUCCAUUAUACCUGAUGAAUCCAGCGACAUGUCUAUGUACGUACCGAGAACAGUAGAAGGAGAAUUAAAGAUCGACAACGAGAUAUUCUUGCCAGCAUUUGAAGACCCGGAUAGCGAUGAAUAUAAGGAAUUCACUCAAACAUUCAGCGACGCUCUCAAACACGCUCUUUUCGAUAGAAACAGUAUAGAAAAUGGAGAGAACGAAAUUAUGGUAGAAGUCAUUCAAAUAAGGAAAGGAUCAGUCAUUGUAACAUACAGAAUUCAUUGGAAACCAAAAUACAACACUGAGCCAACUGAAGAUCUUCUAACAGCGAAGACUUUGAAAACAAACCUCAACAAUUACCUAGACACUAAUAACAGAAUGAUAAGUAUAUAUCACGUCGCAGAAGACCAGCAGAUACAAACCAAACCAGUUCUUGAUAUUUGCAAAGUAAAUAACAAUGAUUGUGAACAUAAGUGUGAAUUUGACGAUUCUACACUCGAUUUUGCGUGCGUCUGUCCUCAUGGCCAAAUAAUGGAUACGAAUUCACCUAAGAGUUGUAUGCCUAUUUUAGAUAAUUCAGAAACAAAACAUGAAAUUCCUAAAACUACUACUCAAAGGCAACUAACGGUUGACUCUAGUGAGGACACAAUGAAAACUAUUUCUGAAGAAGUAAAACCGAAUACGGAAUCUCCAAAUGAAGCUACCGAUGAAAAUGUGUUUGAUUGGAAAAAGACGCGCCAAUAUAUUCCAGAAACAACUACAGAAACUGGAGAGGCAGAUUUGAAAUUUUCUCAUAUAUUUGGUCACACUGAUACAGAGAUGCCAAAACCGGAACCAAGCCCAGAACAUGAAAUUUAUUCAACCGUAGAAACACAUCCUUCGAAGGAAUCGGAAGAAGAAACUAAAUCAGAGCCAAAACUUUUAUCGGAAUCCACAGAAGAUGUGCAACCGGAACCUGAACCUACAGCAGAACCAAAACCUGAGCCAGAACCCGAACCAAAAGCAGAACCAGAAGCUGAACCUACAGCAGAACCGAAACCUGAGCCAGAACCCGAACCAAAAGCAGAACCAGAAGCUGAACCUACAGCAGAACCGAAACCUGAGCCAGAACCCGAACCAAAAGCAGAACCAGAAGCUGAACCUACAGCAGAACCAAAACCAGAAUUCGAGGCUUCAGUGGAACCUACUGCAGAACCAGAACCUGGAUCUGCACCAGAAUCGAAGGCUGAGCCAGAGCCUGAACCUACAGCAGAACCGAAAGCUGAGCCAGAACCUGAACCUAAAGCAGAACCGAAACCAGAAUUCGAGGCUUCAGUGGAACCUACUGCAGAACCAGAACCUGGAUCUGCACCAGAAUCGAAGGCUGAGCCAGAGCCUGAACCUACAUCUGAACCCAAGUUUGAGCCAGAAUCCGAAUCCACAGUAGAACCAGAAACUGAAGUUGUUUUAGAACCUAAAGCAGAACCAGAAACAAAGUGGAUGACAAACGAAGAAAGUUCGUCAGAAAUAUUGCAGUCACACAAUCCUACUACGGAUUCGCCAAAUGACACUGAGUCGGUCGCCCAUUCCGCUAUGAAGCCAGAAACAAACUUCCAGCUUACAGAAAAGUCGACAGAUAUAACAACAAUUAUAGAACCUAAUUCCGGUGAUAAUGAUGAGCGCAAACAAAAUGAAGCGACAGAAUCAAACACUUCUCCUAGACCUAUGUUUGAUCACCCUACGUUUGAUUUAGAUAGUUUAAUGGGUCUUCAUACUACUCCAGAACCAGUACAAUCAGAAACUGAAGCUGGUGUACUAACGAGUAUUGACGAUAAAAAUAAGGAAUCAGUAAACGAAGCACUUGAAAAUAACGCGGAUAAUUCAAUGACAACUACAACAACGAGGGUCUCGAUUUCUGAACCUAAUAGUAUUAACGAGCCUUCACAUGAACCGAGACCUGAAAUUAUUUCUAUUUUACAACAAAAUGAAAACCCAAUGGAUUUAAAUGAUACUUUUAGUAACGAUUCAUCGGCCGAUGAUGAUUGGCUUGAAGCUGAAGAAAAUACUACUAGUUUAGUUCCCCAAAAUACUGAUGUUACAAAUAAUGAUGAUAUUAUUAAAACACAAACAGAAAGCGAAAUGAGUGAUGAGCGGGUUAAUAAAACAGAGUCGAGAUCAUCUAAGACCUUUGAAGAUUUUAUAACAGAAACAAUGACAGAACAAACAAGUGAUAUUAAAAACGACGAUAUUACGUUUGAUCUCAUAAGGAAAAAUAAUGAAAUGUCUUCGGAAUCAACAACUGCGAGAAUGAAUAUGGAACAACUGGAAACAACUACGUCUAACUCAGGAGAGAUGGACGAUAACGUUAAUGAAGAUAAAACAAACAAAAAUAAACUAGAAUCGACGACGUCAACACUUAUUUUUAAUAAUAAAAAUAAUCAAAACAUGGAUAAUAUAAUGGAUUUCAAUCAAAAUGAUGUGACAACAAGUACUCAAAGCAGCAAUGAGCAUAAAAUUAUUAUGUCUCAAUCAGAAGGAACACAAAUUAUUUCUUUGAACGAACAUUCCCAAAUGGAAACGACUACCACUGGAAUAGAUACAAUAUACCCGAACUCAUUAAACCCAGAAAACAAAGAUUUGGGGGGUGAUAAACCUUUAAUAGAAACCUUGGAAAAAACUACCGUAUCAAGCCAAAUAUCUAAUGGCAAACCCUUAGAGAAUGGAGGUAAGGAAAUCACUUUUGAUACGAUAAACAUGCUUUACAAUCGUUCAUCCAAAGCAAUAAUAGAUAAAGAAAAUAACAUGCAAGAUAUAACAGAAUCUAAUGAAAUAUCGAAAGACUCGGCUGAAACAUCAACUGAUUCAGACUGGUUAUCUGAAUCAGUAACGGAAAUUAAUUACGAAGAUAAUAUGAAAAUCACUGAAAGCGAUGAAACCACAGAAACAUCUGCAAUUAAGGUAGAUGAAUUAUUGGGUCGUGGUCUUAUUAAAGAUGAUUUUGAACCUGAUUACCUAAACAAUAUGGGAUCUAAAUCCAGCAAAACAUCAGAUCAAGAUGAAAUGUUGUAUGGUAUGACUCACGAUUAUGAAAAUGACGAUUCCAGAGUAAAAAGAGUAAAUACACAAAAAGAGAAUUCUGAUGGAAGCGGGACAGUACAUGUUACCGAAGCCAUGUUACCAAACAAAGAUAUCGAAUCAAAAACAUUCGAAUCGACAACGAUAGGAGAUUAUAUUUAUAAAAUGGCAGGAAAGAAAUUAGAUGAGACUGUAACUAAUGCAGAAAUUUCAUUGACAACGUCACAUCCAGCCCCAGUUUGGGAAGAAACGGAGAAAGAUAUUACGGUCGAUGAAAGUGUCAAGUCUAAAAUGAACGAAAACGAUGAAGUAAAGGACAAUAUAAAUAUAAUGACAUCAACAGUUAUGCCUACAACAACAGAUGCAUUCAAAAUUGAAGAUCAACAAACUAUAAAUCAAGAUAAUGUCCCUAAGACAUCUGAUAUUAAUGCUCAAAAUAUUUCACAAGUAAGUAAUUUAAAUGUUACGAUUUAUGAAAUAUCUAAUCCCAACGAUAAUCAAUCAAUUAUUACAACAAAACCUACAAACGUUCAAUCUUCUGAAUUCAUAGAUCACGAGACUGACAUGAAUCCAUUUUUGCCAGAAGUUGAGAACAAUAAAAGCCUCGUAAAGAAACUACAAGAAGGCCAUGACAUUGAGCCUGCUAAUUUAAAUGAAACGCAAAACGAGAAUGUAGAUGAGCAUAUGAAUAAUUCAAAUGUAGUAAGCGAUAUGUCACAUGUUAAUGAAAAUUCUAACUCAAAUGAUCUAUCAGUUAUACCGCAAGUAGUUCAAGAAACUACAACAACCGCUAAUCCUGAUCACAUGUUCAAUCAACUUUUUACAAAUAGCAAUUCCCGUGUAGAAGAAACAUCCACUACAGAAGCAAAUAAAACACCUAUUAAUACUAUAGCCUCGAUCAGCGAAGAACAAACAAGUGAAAAAUCUGACAACGUAGAAGUUUUGCCCAUUUCAACAUUUUUUUUAGACACUGAUGAUUUAGAUACUACGAAAAAACCAACCACCUUACCUGAAAAUGACCUAGGUAAUGGGGCUGAAAAAUCAACUUCUAAGCCCUUAAGUGAUGACACCGAAUUUCUUAGCGUAGUACCAAUUAAUGAUGAAAAUGAUGAGCAACUAAAAAAAGAUUACAGCAGUGAAAAUAUUCAAGAACUUAAUUUUAUUAGUGAUUCACCUGAAAAGAGUGACAAAAGGACAGAUGUAAGCAACUUCGAUUCUAUCUUAAACAACGAAGCGUAGUUUAUCUUGUAGUUAUGAAAAGGAAUAAAUUGUACAUUAUUGUUACUCCAUUUCCUGUGAUUUUUAAAAGCUAUAAAAUACCAAUGUAAAUUGAUAUACCGUAACAUCUAUUCUCUCGCUAAGAUUCCAAAUGGUUCUAAGUUUAUUAAUAAUACUAAAGAUAUUUUACCUAUAUUGAUAAAUAAUAACUUGUUUUAUUAGACUAGUCAAAUUAGAAAAAAUAAAUCAACAUGAGGAUUUUAGAUUAUUUAUUGCUUCAAGUACGUGAACAAACGCGGCCAAAAAAUUAAUCAUUUAAUUAUUUUCUUCAAUGACGAAGAAUUAAUUUCUUCAUUUUAAAUUGUUACCAUAGAUAAAUGUAUAUUUUAUUAUAAUAACAUUGUUUAUUUUAAUAAUCAGUAAAUAAUGACAUUAAAUUGGGUUCCUUAUUAUUUUAUCCGGAAUGUAUUAAAGGGAUGUUCAUUACUGACAUCCCUUAAUAUCUAAAAUGUAUAAUCCAUGCCGUUAUGUGAUAAUUCCGAAUGAUAAAGUGGCAUUCCAUUUGUCGAUUUAAUAAUUUUUAACUUAGUUAUACUUUUAGGAGUGAGGUCUGAUUGUAAAAUAAUAAUUUUUAUUAUUGUAGUAAUUGUUAACUAAGAUAUAUUUUGUAUAAUAUGGUUGAAAAUGUAAAGAAGUGUUGUAAAUAAAUAUAAAGUUAAUAUUAAUAAAUAA